UGUUACUUAUGUCUUUCCUUUUCCCUUUUCUUCUUGUUUUUCUGCUACUAAACCCUCACUCUCACUUAAUUUUCCCGCCAUUUAUUUCUUUGUUUAGCAGUAUCACACACUGCAGGAACCUAAGCAUCCUAUAAUCGCCGCCGGCGAUGGUCUCGUCUAGAGACGUUCAAGAUAUCGUCUCUAAACUCUCCUCCGAUAAAGCCAAAACUCGCGAAGAUGGUAUAAAAUUGUUGAACACGUGGUUAGAAGGUGAAAGAUCAAUAAAAUUCUGCAAGUACCUCGCGCAGAGGACGAGUAGCGUUAAGCUUAAUGAAAUUCCUCACUCGGAAACUUGGGCAUUUCUUAUUACAUUGCUUAUUCAAUGUGUGUCAUUGGAGAUAUCAGCAAGCAAACGGCGAUUACCUAAGGCGACUUUUGCUAAAACUUUGCGAAUUGUUAUUCAACGAGCGGAGGAUUCCAAGUUAGCAGGUAACAUGUUUCCACUGUUACCGGUAGCUAAAACACUCUUUAAUCACAUAUUGGAUGUCAUAAGCAAUGUUCCGAGCUAUCAGUCAGAGUAUGGGGUGAUACUCCGUCAUCUGUUGGCAGCUAGAUACUAUUGUUUUCACCUGAGGAAUCGCGUUUACUGCAGCUUAAUGCAUCUGUAUAUAGAGAAGGUGGAAAACAGUUUGGCGGAGAAAAAUGAUAAUCAAGGUAAUCUGAAGGAGGAGGCUUUUCGUUGUGUCUUGACACUCCAUUCUCUUCUUGAAAAUCCCCCUGGAGAUUUUCCCGGGGAACUUAGGCAAGACAUUGUUAAGGGGCUUGUUCAGAUUUUCGCCUUCGUAAGGGAGGAGGGGAAGUUUUCACGUAAACUUAUUGAAUGUGUUAAUACAUACUUAUUAAAAGAUGGUCCAAAUUUGGGUUGCCAGUCCUUGGAGAUCCACAGUGCUGUGAGGCAUUUUGUGUUCCGUUGCUGGCUUUCAACCCAUGAUCGGGGACUGAAGGAUGCACUUAUCCUUUAUGCAAGGCUGCAGCUAAAUCUAAAUAGACGUGCAGGUGAAGACGGUUCUAUGGUCGAUCAAUUUUUAGAUUUAGUAUGCAAAGAUUUAGAUCAAGGCAGCUUAUCCAGCAUAAGCGUGGCUUGGAUGGAUGCAAACAAAGAUGAUAAGUUUGGAACUUUGAGUGGGUCACAACGCAGUCUGGUGGAGCUUGCUGCACUGGUGUUUUAUCAGGCGUGUGUUAGCACACCUAAAGCACAAUCUUCUGAAAAGCGGAUUAAAAGGGAAGACAUUAAUGUUCUUUUGAAGGAGGCGCUUAAGAAGGGAAAGUGGUUAUGGAAUGCUGCCUUUUGUUACCUCAUUCGUAAUUACUAUUGUCGCUUGAACAAAGACCUUGUCAUAUACUGGUUUGGUGGAAUUUCGACAAGCCUUGAGAGGAUUUUAAGUGAUGCAACUGUGGGGCAUGCAUAUGAUAGUUUUCUGUGGACUUUGCGGAGUUUGGUGGAAUUAUCUACUGCUUUGCUACCUUCAGAUUCGCGAGUGGAUUUGACCAUCUCAAAUGCGCUUGACGGUGGUUGGCAAUUAAUUUGGAGCUGCCUGAUACAUGGUUUGCCGUUAUUCAGUAAUCUAACUGCAGUUACAGAUUCCACCUUAUUGCUUCUUGGACACAUCGUAACACGUGAUUCAAUUAAUGUAUUUGUUGUGCCUCAAGAUGUAUGGGACCUCAAAUUAUUUAAAAAAAUGCCAUCAAGAUGUGUUUUGUACUUUGUUGCAUGCUAUUUUUCUCACAAAGGCUCUCAAGGUGAUCUUCGAGACUCCUUACAUCUCAGAAAGAAUUUGUUAACAACAAUUUUGGGUUGUUUGAAUUGGAAGGACACUUUAAUAUUGGACGAGCAUAUGGUCGUGCUGUUUCCUGCAGCUGUUUAUGCUCUCUGUGCUGGUUGUGCUCCUUUCACACAUUGGUAUCAGGGGCUUCUCCCGUCACACUCUUUUGUAGAUUGUUUUGAGCCUUCAGGUGAUUGGGGCAAGACAGUUGAUGAGGAGCAUGAAAGACUUUAUGAGCUUUUUGAGUCCUCUGAAGAGGUUCUUGCAAAAAUUGAUUCAGGCUCUAGAGUUGAGAUUGCUUCAUCCCAAUGCAAUCAAAAAGUACGUCUUCCACAGGAAUUAAGAGAGACACUGAUGCAUGAAAUGGAGACUCAUAUUCUCGAAGCUAUAGAGGAUCAGCAAAUAAAGAAAUUACCCCUAUCUGAUUGCAUCUUUGUUUGUGGACUAUUAUCUAACUUUAUACAUGGCUCAUUGGGAACGAGGAAAAGCGAGGAGACUUUGCCAUUUCUGUCCAAAAUAGGCCAGUGUUUAUUAGAAUUAUUAGGUUGUGCUGUCAAUCUAAUCUCCGAAAAUGGCAGUGACUUCCAGUCUCUUGGCUUUUUGGGUUCUGGCUCUGACUGCAAUGCAAAGAACUCUCUUUUAGCUUCAUUUAGAAGCCUUUUUUGCUGUCCUAUCUUCGUAAGAAGGGGAGAUGAAAAUAUUCUGUGUGUUGCGCUUAGUUCUGAUGUAGUGCAAUGCAUGGAGAGGCUCUUGAAGGCACUUGCUAAACUUUAUGAACAAUUUUCUAAAUGCACAAGUUCUCAUCCUGAAGAGAUACAGUCAGACCUACCUGAUGCUUCAUCACAAAUAUCUAGCCCUCUGGAUACCAGGAGAAGCAGGAUAGUUGACAUGGAGUUAGAUGCGAAUGAGGACACAAAGGAUGGGGAUAUACUAACUUUUAGCGGCAAAGUUACUACUGCUAUAUCCUUUUCUAUGGUAAAGUGGAAGUUGGGUAUGGUAUCACUCAUUUCAGUUUUCUUCUCAGUUUUAGAAUGUUGUACGUGGGAUAUUCUCUUUGAAGUGGUGGGAAAAGAAAGUGAUGCAAAGGUUUGCGAGAGUGUUCUUUACUAUCUAUGCCAACAUCCGCACUGGUCCUCUGCUGCAAAGCUCAAGGACUUGGUACAAAAUCUGAAUAACAUGGUCGAGAUAAAGGCGGGAGUGAAACUUGAUUGUGCUAGUAUAGUUGCUGCCACCCAAGCGUUGAUGCAUACAUUAUUGUCGCUUGAUUCCACUCGAGAACAUGCUGGCCUAAAUUUGACUGGAAGAGAAUUUGAACCGAAUUUGAUACAGAUUGGAGAUAUGGUCAGCAAAGUUGCAGAGUUCGGUUUCCUUGACUGGAUGGGACGUGUAAAGCUAAUUGGUUGUAUUUGCGAUUUUAUCGCAUGCAGUCCUCAAAUUGGUCAGACAAUGAUAGAACGUUUGUUCUUUCUGCUUCGAGAUCCUGAUUACCGAGUUCGGUUUUCCCUGGCCCAAAAGAUUGGUGUUCUAUUUGAAACAUGGGAUGGCCACGAGGAACUCUUCCAAGAUAUUUGCUCGAAUUUUGGUGUCAUGCUGGUGCUUCACUCAAAUGGAAAACUCGUUACUGCAAAAGAGGUCCUAGCUGCUGGUCCUCAGCCACACACUACUAUGGAAACUGUUAUUGUUACACUUAUGCAGCUUGCUUUCCGCAGUGAGAAAAUAGAGUUGGAGGCCAUUUUCAUGAUAUGUGUGAUUGCUGCCAUUGACCCUAGCCACAGGGUGUUGGCCAGUGCAGUACUUGAUAAUUUAUGUAGUCAGCUCCAGUAUGCAAAUAGGUUCAAGUACUUGGAGGAACUCAUUGGAGCUAUUCUCUUUUUCUGGGUCAAUUGUGGUGUUAGCUUAGUUGCACUUGUGGAAAUAAGGCAACUUUUUGUAUUAGAUGCUGAACCCAGUUACUUUAUGCAAUACUGUUGCCAUUGGCUUCUUCCAGCUUUAGUUUUGCAUGGGGACAACUCCAACCUGAACUGGGUGGCUAAGAUUUCUUCUCAACCUUUGGCAAUGCUAGUUAGAUAUCAUUUUGUGCCAAUAUUUUCGGUUUGUAUGGCAUUGCAUUGCAGUAAGAGUCCUGGUUGGGAUAAGGCAGCUUUGGUGCUUCAGAGCUUGAUUCUGCAAUUUGCUGAGAUAUCUGAGAAUGAAAGAGAUAAGCUUAUAAAAAAACACAUGGUAUCUAUAGUGAGCCACAUUCUGUCCCUUUCUUCCUGCGCUUCUGAUCCUGCAGUCCCUUUCUUUUCCAGAGAUAUAAUAGCUCGUGCAGUUCGAACAGUUGUAGAUGGAUUUUUGGAAAUGGAGGAUUAUCCCACCGGUGUAGCUGUUGUUGACAAAAUUAACAUUUUUCGUCCAGAUAGAGUGUUCAUGUUUAUAAUUGAGAUGCACUACAAAACAACAUCAGCAGUGCAUAACAGGCAUAGAUGCCAUAAGUUGGCUGGAAUUGAGGUUCUUAUAGAAAUACUUGGGCAUAAAGCUGCUGUUCCAAGCACUUUAAGUUAUCUUCUUAAUUUGGUUGGACAAUUUAUUAAUUAUCAAGCUUUACGAGAUCAAUGUUGCCGCAUUAUUUCUGUAUUGCUGAAAACAUGUAAAAGCAACCCUUCCAAAGAAGUUGUUAGAGUGCUAGGUGAACAACUUCAGUUUUUGGUAUCAAAGUUGGUGGCAUGUUGCUCUAAAACUACAGGGGAGCCUUCUGGGACUAGAUCUGCUGAAGUCCUGUAUUUGCUUCUCCAGCUUACUGUGCAUUCUGAUCCAUAUCUUCAUGAUUAUGUUCGAGAAUUGGAACCCUUCCCAGAGAUAGAUAUCUUUGGUGAGGUACGAGAGUUUCAUCAGGAGUUAUGCCAAGCCUAUUCUCCAAAGGAUCAUUUAUUGAAGUUUGUCGACAGAUCCUGCUACCUUCCACCAAGAUUACUUUUAUGCAGUGUCCAGGCACUACACAAGAAGUUGCUCUUGGAUAAAAACUUUUUAAAGGAAAGUAGAAACACCAAAACCCUUGUAGAAGAUAUGAACUGGCAUUGUGACCCAAAAAUUGUAAAGGCAGUGUGGACGCUUGUUCGCAUGUGCGGGUCAGAUGAUGCGGAAAGCAUUAGAUCAUUAGUAGCUGACUUUGUAUCCAGGGUUGGUAUUGGGGACCCACAUUGUGUUGUUUUCCAUCUACCCGGAGAAUCUAGCCAUGUUAAUGUAUGCAGGCCCACAGCUAGUGACAGCCCUUUGGAAAUUAACUUUAACAUGGACACUAUUGUUUCCGAAGAACUUCUGGUUACACUUAUAAAACUUAUAAAGAAGUAUCUGAUGGAUGACUCUGUUAGAAUAGUGGAUUUGACAUCUCAAGCGCUUCGGGGAAUUCUUUCAACUGAAAGGGGUCAAAGUGCUAUAUUAACUUUUGAUUCUUACGAAAGAUCUCUCAUUGAGAUUCACUCCAAGGGUGUAAAUAUUGAGCUGGUGGAACAGUACCUGUUGGAUCUGGAAAGGAGGUUUAGAGCUGAAGCAAUUUCAUUGGAGGAGUCUAAUUUGUGGGAAACAUCAAAUAAAACAUUCGAGAAGUGGAUUUGUCCUCUUGUGUACUCGCUGAUAGGUUACAGCAACGAUAUCAUCCUAAGGCUAUGCCAAGAUAUUGUUUUGUUGAAAGCUGAAGCUGCAGAGCUUCUGUUGCCAAGUGUCAUUGUGGAUCUAUCAGGGAGGACGAAAACAGACUUGGAUCUUCACAAAUUAAUCUCUUCACAGGUGCAGGAGCAUAUAUUAAGGGAUUCUAAUAAGUUGAUAAAAUCCAUUCAAGUCUUCUUGAAUGCUUUAAACGAACUUCGGUUAUGCUAUGUCUUGGAAAGAUCUUUUGCACCAACAAAGAGAGAGAGUUCCAAGCAGUAUGCUAAGCCAUAUAGCUAUGGAUCAAAAUCACGUUCCACCCCCUUAAAGACCAGAGAUGCUAUGGCUACAUCAAGUGCAAUGAAAAAUUCAUCUUCUUCAUGGGACAAGGUUUACUGGCUAACUAUUGAUUACCUUCUUGUUGCUAAGUCAGCAGUUAUUUGUGGCUCUUUCUUUACUUCUAUGAUGUAUGUGGAAUAUUGGUGCGAAGAACAUUAUAAUAGCCUCACACUAGGCAGGCCAGAUUUCUUUCAUCUUGAGGUGUUACCAGAUCACAUUGAAGUACUUGUCUCAGCAGUUACUCAAAUUAAUGAACCUGAUAGUUUAUAUGGGAUAAUUCAGUCACAAAAGUUGACCACUCAAGUUGUUACAUUUGAGCAUGAGGGGAACUGGAGCAAGGCCCUUGAGUAUUAUGACUUACAAAUACGUUCAAAUACAUUGUCACAAAUGAAUGGUGGAUUUAUAUCUUUGCCACUAGACCGCUCACCAGCACAUCUUUCCGCGGCUACAUCAGAAGAAGAGAUAAGGCAUAGGAAACCUUACAAAGGUCUGAUUAGAUCUCUUCAGCAAAUAGGAUGUACACAUGUGCUGGAUUUGUAUUGCCAGGGAUUGGCUUCUCAAAAAAGACAGGUUCAGCAUGAUGUGGAGUUCACGGAAUUGCAGUAUGAAGCUGCCUGGCGUACAGGAAAAUGGGAUUUUUCCUUGUUUGUCAUUGGAAGCAAUUCACCACGUCAAAAUGUCAACACUGAAUGUUUCAAUGAAAAAUUGCACAGUUGUUUGAGGGCAUUGCAAGAGGGAAAUCAUGAUGAAUUUCACAGUAAACUUGAAGUUUCCAAGCAGGAUCUUGUGUGGUUCGUCUCUUGUGCAAGUGAGGAGAGCACUGAAUACAUCUAUUCAUCAAUAAUUAAGCUUCAGAUUCUUUAUCAGCUUGGUAUGGCAUGGCAUGUACGAUGGAUGAGAUUUCCUUCUGAAAUGACAGAAUUUCAUCCUAAGAAUCAUCAUAGUUAUACAGAACCUGUAUUGCCUACCAUGGAUCAGUUAUCGUGGCUGAAUAUGGACUGGAGCUCCAUUUUGGAACGGACUCAGCUGCAUAUGGAACUAUUAGAACCAUUCAUAGCAUUCAGGCGGGUUCUACUUCAGAUCUUAGGCUGCAAUGAGUGUUCUUUGCAACAUCUUUUGCAAUCCACAUCCACUCUUCGCAAGGGUUCAAGGUUUUCUCAAGCUGCUGCAGCAUUGCACGAGUUUAAGUUUCUUUCUGCUGGCAGUGGUGAACAACAUUCCUCUUCCUAUUGGAUUGGAAGGCUUGAAGAAUCAAAGUUGUUGCAUGCCCAAGGCCAGCAUGAGAUGGCUAUUAGCCUUGCAAAGUAUAUCUCACAACAUUGUCACUCAAAUGAAGAAGCCUCAGAUGUGUAUCGCAUGGUCGGGAAAUGGUUGGCAGAAACCAGAGCUAGCAAUUCAAGAACAAUUUUAGAGAAGUAUCUGAAACCUGCCGUUUCCAUGGCAGAAGAUCAGAAGGCCACACACAAAAAGUCUAUAGAAAGACAAAGCCAAACACAUUUUAAUCUUGCACAUUAUGCAGAUGCUUUAUUUAGGUCUUAUGAGGAUAGACUAUCUUCUAGUGAAUGGCAAGCAGCGAUGCGUUUGAGGAAACACAAGACAUUGGAGUUGGAGGCACUUAUUAGGCGGCUAAAAAAUUCAGCAAAGGGGGACAAAACUGACUAUUCAGCAAAAAUUCAAGAGCUGCAGAAACAACUUACCCUGGACAAGGAAGAGGCUGAAAAACUGCUGGACGACAGGGACAAUUUUCUCAGCCUAGCGUUGGAGGGAUACAAGCGUUGUAUGGUCAUAGGUGACAAAUAUGACGUACGAGUGGUGUUUCGACUUGUUUCAUUAUGGUUUAGUCUUUCUUCUAGACAAAAUGUGGUCAAUAAUAUGCUACACACUAUUGCUGAGGUCCAGUCAUAUAAAUUUGUCCCAUUAGUUUAUCAAAUUGCUUCAAGAAUGGGGAGCUCCAAGGAUGUACCAGGACCUCAAAAUUUUCAGUUUGCUUUGGCAUCCCUUGUGAAGAAAAUGGCUAUAGACCAUCCAUACCAUACGCUUUUUCAGCUUCUGGCCCUGGCAAAUGGUGACCGUAUCAAGGAUAAACAGCGGAGUAGAAAUUCAUUUGUUGUGGACAUGGACAAAAUAAUUUCAGCAAGAAAUCUUUUGGACGAGUUAUCAUCCUAUCAUGGAGCUGUUAUUGGACAAAUGAGACAAAUGGUUGAUAUCUAUAUCAAACUUGCAGAGCUUGAAACAAGGAAAGAGGAUACCAACAAAAGGAUGACACUACCAAGGGAAAUCCGCAGUGUUCGACAGCUCGAACUUGUACCUGUAGUCACAGCUACUUUGCCAGUUAAUCGCAAUUGUAACUACAGUGAUGGUUCCUUCCCAUACUUCAAAGGAUUAGCAGAUUCGGUUAUGGUGAUGAAUGGUAUUAAUGCCCCAAAAGUGGUUGAAAGCCUUGGCUCCGAUGGAAAAAAAUAUCGACAGCUAGCAAAAUCUGGAAAUGAUGACCUCAGACAAGAUGCUGUUAUGGAACAAUUUUUUGGUUUAGUUAACACAUUCUUACAGAAUAAUAGAGACACGCGGAAGAGAAGAUUGGGAGUGCGCACGUACAAGGUAAUUCCCUUUACUCCAAGUGCUGGCGUUCUUGAAUGGGUUAAUGGCACUCUUCCCCUCGGAGAAUAUCUCAUAGGAAGUACGAGAAAUGGUGGUGCCCAUGGUCGCUAUGGAAUUGGAGACUGGUCAUUUCUUAAAUGCCGAGAACACAUGUCAAAUGAAAAAGACAAGCGUAAAGCAUUCCAAGAAGUUUGUGAGAACUUCAGACCUGUUAUGCAUCAUUUUUUCCUGGAGCGCUUCUUGGAACCAGCUGACUGGUUUGAGAAGAGACUAGCUUACACACGUAGUGUAGCAGCAAGUUCUAUGGUGGGCUAUAUUGUUGGCCUUGGAGACAGACAUUCCAUGAAUAUUCUGAUUGAUCAGACGACUGCAGAAGUAGUCCACAUAGAUCUUGGUGUUGCUUUUGAACAAGGUUUGAUGCUCAAGACACCAGAGCGGGUUCCUUUCAGACUGACAAAAGACAUAAUUGAUGGCAUGGGUGCUACUGGAGUAGAAGGGGUCUUCAGAAGAUGUUGUGAGGAAACUCUGGCUGUUAUGAGAACAAAUAAAGAAGCAUUACUGACCAUUAUUGAAGUAUUUAUCCAUGACCCCUUGUAUAAAUGGGCUUUAUCCCCUCUGAAAGCCUUGCAGCGCCAGAAGGAGGUGGAUGAUGAUCUUGAGACAAGUUUGGAGGACUCUGAAGACGAAUAUGAAGGAAAUAAAGAUGCAGCACGUGCACUGAUGCGUGUGAAGCAAAAACUUGAUGGAUAUGAAGAAGGUGAAUUGAGAAGUGUACAUGGACAGGUUCAACAGCUUAUACAAGAUGCAAUAGAUUCGGACCGUUUGUGUCAAAUGUUUCCUGGAUGGGGAGCUUGGAUGUAACUGGGGUUAUGUUUUUCCAGAAAUGCCCAAUCAUUUUGUACAGGCGUUCUUUUUUUCAUUUGAUUUAUUAAUCCUGAGUUAGUAGUGGGUGUUUUUGGUGUAUGUAUGUAUAGCCGCAUGUGAAAAUGUGUAUAUAAAACUGCUCCGUUUUUUUUUU